AUGAAUGGAAAAGACACUGACAGCAAAGAUAAAGCAGAGUCUAGUAACAAUCUCCGGAUAAUGAGCAGAAAAGAGACUUCCCUCCAGAUCAAUCCUGGUAGCAUCGUCGAACCAGUGGCGUCGAAAGAGAAGAUGCAGGAAGACGACGAAGAAACUGACAACUUUGAAUCUGACUCAGAAGCAUCCUUUAAUGUGAUCUGCAACGUGGUAUCUAUUCUCCCUAGAGAUUAUGAUAGAGUAAUGGAGGUCGAAGACGAAGAAGACGAGAUGGAAGAAGAAACAAUGGCACACAGGCCCGUCUGCUACUACGUGAUGAACACUGGGUGCGUCGAGGAGCAGAAUGCUUUCUUCGAAAGGCCAGAUGAUUCCAUGAAAGCGCAUUUGAAGCCUUUAUUCAUAAAAGGAAAGGUGGAGAGUGUUGGUGUAAACAAGAUACUGGUGGAUGGGGGAGCAUCAGUAAAUUUGAUGCCCUAUUUUAUGCUGAAGAGGAUUGGGAAAGAUGACUCAGACGCAAAACCUCACAACAUGGUGCUGUCGAACUAUGAAGGGAAAGUAGGAACCACUAUGGGUGUCAUCCAAGUGAAUUUGACUGUUGGAACCAUAACAAGGCCAACGAUGUUUAUGGUCAUUGCUUCAAGGGCGAACUACAACCUAUUACUUGGAAGGGAGUGGAUUCAUGGCGUAGGAGUCGUACCCUCUUCAAUGCAUUAG